UGUCCAUUUUUUUUCCUUGUCGUAGGAGUAAAUCUAUAUAUUUCUAAUAUAAUUUAUAUUUUCUUUAAAAAACUGUAAAUUAAAAUUAUAUGAAUUUUCAUUCGAAGUUGUUGUAAACAUAUGCUCACAUUUAACUCAGUUCAGACAAUAACAAGUGACGUAAUUUUACUUUUCAAAAAUAAAUUGCAAGGUACCUCUUUAUAUUUGCAUCUCGGUUGGUACGGAAAUGUAAACAAAUGGAUUCUUCAUCAAAUGCACCUAGAAAACGAAAAACUCCUCCGUUUUUCAACCUCCUGAAAGUUUUGAGGCGAAAAUAUCCCAACUUGUCAUGUACAGAGGUAGCCAAACUGGGAGGAAACAUUUGGAGAAAAAUGUCGUCUGAAGAGAAGCUGAAGUAUGAAAAGAAAGCAAGGCGGGGAACGAAUCGAAGAUGCAGGAACAGAUAAAGAGUUGCACACCACAAAGCAUCGUUAAUGUCCCCAACAGUCAAUAAAUUUAUGUGAAUUUUAAGUCUUGU